GUUUUACAUCAAUAACAAUCUGAAUUGGAAAUCCUUCCCAGUGAAGACAGCUUUCUUCAGUAAAAGCUGUUUGGAGAAAAAAAAGAUAUCCGUUCGUUUCGAAGUGUCAAUGAAGUUUUGGAUGUGUCUGAAUGCAGGAACUGCCUAGUGAUCUGAUGAUGCACUGACACUUUCAUAAAUUGUAUACAUAUUCUACAAGGAAGGAAGCGUAGGAUACCCAGCUUUGCCGGCGGUGGUAGCCAAUUUAUUAAUAAUGGUGUGUUCUCUGAAGUGAUGGUCGGUUAUCUGGAAAUAUAAACAUUUGGAAAGACAACAUAAAUCCCCACACGUUUAAAGACUGAUUUUUUUCGAUCUAAUAUUUGCAAUUGUCACGUCAUGCGCGAGUGACUAAGUACUAGCCGACUAUUACAAUUCCAUUCUCGUAGGAUCUGCAUAUGGAUGUUUACUUAAUAUAAACUUACUGAGUUAUUAAUUCAAUAAAUUUUACAGAUUUUAAUUGAGAAUAUUUUGCACUUCGUCGUCACAUAGGCUUCACACUGGCGGUGGGUGGACCCAGUGCGAUGGUGCAGUGCGCUGCAUGUGACAGGCCCAUUCUGGACCGCUUCCUGCUAAAUGUCUUGGACAGAGCAUGGCAUGCGAAAUGUGUACAGUGUUCGGACUGUAAAACCACCCUCACCGACAAAUGUUUUUCAAGGGACGGCAAAUUAUUUUGUCGAAACGACUUUUUUAGACGAUUUGGAACAAAAUGUGCCGGUUGUACACAAGGAAUAUCCCCAAAUGAUUUGGUCAGGCGCGCAAGAAACAAAGUUUUCCAUCUGAAAUGUUUUACUUGUAUAAUUUGUCGGAAACAGCUCUCAACUGGUGAGGAACUGUACGUCAUGGAUGAAAAUAGAUUCAUAUGUAAAGAAGACUAUAUUUCCAGUAAACUACAAGGUUCCUCAGACAUCGAGGACGAGGGAGACUUGGAUGUAGCGCUAGAACACCAGACGUCGCUCUCAGACAAAGACUUCAGCAUUGAUGGAGACAACAAUACGGACAUAGACUCGAAAGAAAACAUUCUCACUAGUGUUCCAAAUAAUAACAAUAUAAAUAACAAUAAUAAUAACAAUCUUAACAAAUCUAGCUCUUUGAAUUCCCUUCCCCCGAGUCCUGAUCCACUAAAAGAUGACACGGCACUCUUAAAGAUUUCCUCGGACUCCAAUCAUAGUACUCAAAGCUGUGAUACAAACGGAAAUUCAAUUCCGACCAAUAAUACCCUGACCCCAGACGGGGACCGUUCCGGAGAGGAAAUGAAUGACAAUACCAAUGGUAGUUCAAACGCCGGAGCCAAGCGACGAGGUCCAAGAACCACCAUCAAAGCCAAACAACUGGAAACCUUAAAGGCUGCGUUUGCAGCGACUCCCAAACCGACCAGACAUAUACGUGAGCAGCUUGCCCAAGAGACGGGACUUAACAUGCGAGUUAUACAGGUAUGGUUCCAGAAUAGAAGAUCAAAGGAACGCCGCAUGAAGCAACUUAGUGCUCUAGGUGCUAGACGUCACUUUUUCCGAAAUCCAAGACGCAUGCGCGCACUAAGAGCUGGAAUGUCACCCAAUGACCUUGACGAUGGGGACAUGAUGGCUGGUCCAGGAUUCGGAUAUUUUUCAGAAAAUGGACAAGAUUUUUAUCCAGGUUACCAAGGUUACAAUGACUUUUUCCCGGGUCAGGGAGACGGGGGUCCCCCGCCCAUGAAUUUCCUUCCCCCAACGUCUCAAGGAACGCCCCCUCUAUCCAUGGAACAAUCACUUCAUCAUAACAAUAACAUGGGUCCCGAACCACAGUUUCUGCCAGGUGACAUGAUACACCCUUCGUCUUCCCCCGACCCCAUUCAGAUGCACGCGCACGAUGGACCCUACAGACACCCCGGACCUCCAAAUUCCAUGGCAGGAAAUUUUUCGUCCCUUUCACACUCGGAAAUGGCAGGAGAAGCCUGGUGACCUUUGACCCGUGCAUAAACUCUCCUUAAUGUGUUUCCAUUCCAGACACUUUUGGUUUUUAACUAAUGAAUAUUAUUAUGUGUAGGUGUAUGCAUGUGAUGGAGUGAAUUUAUUUAUGGAAUGAAAAUGAGUUAUGGGCACGAUUUUACCCAUCAUUGUGUGUGUUUUAUAUGUAUGACUGUAUUAUAUUACCACUGUAGUAUUGAUGCUAAAACAUCGGUUUUCAAAUCGACAACUGUGAAAUUUUAUCAUGGUUAGCGGCUUGUCGAAUUAUCUACACAUUCAGUCUUGAGUGACAUUUGUAAGGGAUGACUACUUAUUUUCCCGAUUUGAAUUGUUUGUCCAGUUUUGUUGAUUUUGAAUGGAUGUGUAAUGAUCUAUACCUCUCCGUUUCAGUCCCAUUUCUGUGUAUGUUGUACGCUUGUUUGUGUAAUACGAGAUCUCAGAAUAUAGCUCAUUAUGUCAUGCCCAUGAAAAUUACGAAACAUUAAAUCUGUAAUCAUCGAUUUAUGAUGAUUAAUAAAUGUCUCAAAUAAUA